AGUCCCUCCUCGAUUUGUAUUUCCUUGUCCUCUAUUGGCACUGCGUCAUACGCGCGUUUUUUUCCGCAGUUCUAUUGGUUUAGCCCUCUGCCAUUCAGGAGUUAUUUUGGACGCUUUUAAGAUGUUGGAAUGCUGUUGUGGGUGUCGUAGUGUCCCCUUCAUCAGCCCUGUGGUAUGUCGGAUGGUGUUAUGAAGAUAAUGUACCAAGAAACCCAUGUCCGGAAUAAUGAUUAUGUGCCAUUUAAUUCCCUGAAACAUUUAACUUAGAUGCCUUAUUGGCAUUAGGAAAAACUUAGGGGUGAUCUUAACUUUCGCAACUUUUUUCGGGUUUGUGAAGCGUUUUAUGGAAACAGUGAGCUUUUGAUUCUUGAGAUAAACGGGUGCAGCAUUAAUCCUGGAGCCUCUUAACGAACCGUGGAAAAUAUGGACACACUUGAAUGUUCAAAUGAUAUUUUAGUAGGUCUUGCUGAAUCUUUGAAAGUUUUCCCAGGGCUGCUUGCUGUGGCCGUCGUGUCCGGGGUUUUUUUGGGGUUUGUCGUCGUGUUGCUGCUUUACGGACAUUUUUUGAAGCCUGAGAUUGUGACCUCGAAGUUUCAGGGCUGUAACCCCAGAAGUCUAUUUGAGAUCAGCGAGGAGGACAAAGAUGACAGUUGCAGCAAUGGUGCGAGCACUGGAAGGAGGGAGCGUCGAACCCAAAAAAACAUGGAGAAACCUCAGCCACCAGCCAGUAGUGAUGUCGCUGCUUUUGCUCUGAAGGCAAAGGUGGUGUACCCCAUCAACCAACGAUACAGGCCCCUGGCUGAUGGCGCCUCCAACCCAUCCCUGCACGAGAACUCCAAGCUGACGAUGAUGCACCACCCAGAAUCCCUGUCAUCCUCAAGUCUGGAGUCCCUGAGCCAGGACAACAAUGAUGACGACAGCAGUCAGUUUGUUUCCUCAUCCCCUGUCCCCAAGACCUUCCAGAAUGAGAGAUUCGUCAGGGUCAGCCGUUUUUCAGAGACCCUCUGCUGCACCGGUUUUGAAGGCAGGAUUGGUCUCUACUGUUUGGGCUUGCAAAGCUUUCAGCAGUUCUGUUCUGAACUUCAGGAGGAGAGGCAUACGAGCUUUCUCCAGAUUCUUAGAAUUAUUUUAAAUGAAUGCUUUCAGAAGGAGGAAAUGGAUUCAGCCUUUUCCAGCAAUGUCCUUCUGAUGCAGCAUAAGGAGCUGGAAGAACUGAAGAAGGAGGCAUCUGUGAAACUGUUAAAUGCAGAAAGAAACGAAGAUGUCAGUUCAGGCUGCUCCACCCUGGAAGAGAUGGAAAGAGCUGGAAGGGACAGGCUGGAGCAUGGGCUUCAGAUGGUUGUGGGCUUUAGUAAGCAGUUGGAACGGCUAUGCCAGCACCUGCAGGGCAGAGUUGGUGCUCCCCCAACAGAGGGUGCUGGGCAAAUGAUGUGCACCCUCAUCUGCAGCCUCCUAUUGGUUGAAAGGGAGCUGGCAGAAGUUCAGAACGCUCAAAAGAAGAGCAUUCAGGAGAAGCUGCUGUGGUGGGAAGAGCUUGCGGCCUGGCUGCAGUCCCGGGCAGCGCUGCUGAGGCAGGAGGCAAUGUGCAGGCUGAGACUAGUAGCUAAGGCCUUGGAGCAGCUGACCAGCGAUGGGCAGCUCAGCUUCUCCCACAUGGAGGGCUUGCUGUCUGAGCUAAAGGGGAUGCUGCGAGAUGAGUUACAGCAGUGCAAUGAGGAGUGCAUUGGCCAGUUGAAGGAGAUGGUUAAUGAGCGGGGUAAGAAGAUAGACGCUAAAAGGAGGCGUCAGCUGAAAGCCCAGGCCAAAGAGCGGAACAGCAUCCUGGAUACUGUGGUCCAGUAUAGGGACCCCCAGGAAUUUCUCAAGGUGUACCAGGCUCUGCUGGUUAGGCAGCGGAAGGAGAGCACUGACCUGGAGGAGCAGCAAGACUGGAAACUGACAGAGGCUGUGUGUGAUCUGUGGAAGAAGCUCCAUUUGUCCUGGUCUGAGAGGUUGGCAGCACGGGUGUGGGGUUUGUUCCAGACGGCUGUGCCCGAGCAGGCCAGUCUGUCUAGGGAGUGCUGCCAGCAGCUCCGACAGGAGGCUGAGCAGGACCUGGGCACCCAGCUACGUCAGGAGGAGUCCUUCACCCGGAAACAUCUGGAGUGGAUCCGGGAACAAUUGGAGCAGGACAGACAGACGUGGGCUAAGGAAGAGGCCUUGGUGUCAGCCAGUCUGGCUCAUCUGGCUGAACAGCAGCUGAAGAUCCUCAGAGGGAUGCUGGUGAGACAAAUGGAUAUGCAGGAAAGUGAUAUUGGCACUCUGGUGGAGGAAAAGCAGCAACUUCUUCUUAUGGCAGUGCAGAGGCUGUUCACUGCACGCCAUUUUAGCUUACGGAUGUUGAAGGAGAUGAGACUAUCACGGCUGAAGCACGCUCACUGUGACAUUGGAGCUCUGGAGCUGGAGAGCUCUAGCCAGGCCCACCAAAUGCCCCGUGGUGGCCUCAAGGAGCCAUGCUCCACUGAGGCAGAGAAACGCCUGGGUCCAGAGAGUCAGCUGAUUAGCCAAGGCUUUCAGCAGGAGUUUCUGUCGGAGUUGGACACAGGGACAGAAUUUCUUCAGGAACAUGCCCAGCUGUUGGUGGGCCAUACCUUUGCUCAGAGUGUGCGGCGGCAGCAUAGCAAGACAAGGUUCCACCAACAAUAUUCUGAUCGAAACAAGCAGGACCUGGUGGAAGCAGUUUCUGAGAGCGUGUAUGUGACUCGGGACUCCAUAAACGUCCUGAUCCGUGACUACUACGCCCAGAUACAGAGCAUCAUCAGGACGUUGCGGCAAGACCAGCAGCACGUCCUGCAGCAUGAGGGUGACAAGCAGAUGGGCAGGAACCAGCUGAUGUGGACGCUGCAGAAGGAGUUAAUGAACUGGGAGAGGAAACCCAUCUCUAGCGAAUUCCAGCACAGGAUGGAAAGUCAGAAGAUGAAGAUUUUGAACCAAUAUGAUUUGGAACUUAAGGCUGCUUACGACAAACUGAGGAAGAAGAAAUCCGUCAUCAACUAUGUGAUGAACACUCUUGAAGGAAGACUUCAGGAAGCUGAAGAGACCUUCAUGUCACGGCUGGCUGCAGUGGCCAAAGUGCCCAGCAGGGGGAGCAAUUGACUGCUGAGUCAAACAGAAGCUUACCCAGGUCACCUGCAUCUGAUGAAGCAGGACUUUGGCAUUCCUUCAAAAUAAUGACUAAGACUGGAAAAUUGUAUGCUAAAACAAAACACCUGGUUGAAUAUGUUACAACUACGUAAUUUGGUUAAUUGGCAGCAGGUCAGUAAAAUGUUUGGGUAUAAAAAGAGCCUCCCAGAGAGGCGGAGCCUCUGUGCAGUGAAGUUGAGGAGAGGUUCACCACUCUGUGAAAGACUGCGUAGCCAAAUAGUGCGACAAUUUAAGAAUAAUGUUCAACAUAAAAUUGCAAAGAAUUUGGGAAUUUCAUCAUCCAUGGUACAUGAUAUCAAACAAUUCAGUGAAUCCUGAGAAAUCUCUGUACGCGAGGGACAAGGCAAUAUUGGAUAGCCAUGAUCUUUUGGGUCCUGUGGCAGCACUGCAUUAAAAACAGACACGAUUCUAUAGUGCAAAUCACUGCAUUUGCUCAGAAACACUUUCGACAACCAUUGUCUGUGAACACAUUUUGUCACUGCAUCCACAAAUGCAGGAUGAAAUGCUUACCAUGUAAAGAGGAACCAUAUCUAAAAGUGAUCUAGAAGUGGCACCGACUUCUCUGGGCUCCGGCUCAUUUAAGAUGGACAGAAGCAAAAUGGAAAACUGUUCUGUGGUCUGGCGAAUCAAAAUUUUAAAUUCUUCAAAUCAUGGACACCGCAUUCUUUGGGCCAAAGAGGAGAGGGAAGAUCCAGCGUGUUAUCGGCAGACAGUUCAAAAGUCAACAUCCUUGAUUGUAUGGGGGUGCAUUAGUGCCCAUGGCUUGGGUAGCUUUCACAGCUAAUAAGGCACCAUUAAUGCUGAAUAAAAUAUACAGGUUGGUACACAGGAGGACAGGAACACACAGAGGGGGGAAACGCUUGCACACAGGAAAAACCAUGAAGAUCUUGCAUCUGGCUCAUCCAGAAAUAGGAGACUGACAAGGGGAAGACUGAACACAGAUGGGAGGGACAUGGUUCCAAAGCGGAACUACCACUGUCAUCACUGAGCUUGAUGGACAGGGCUUCCCCGAACAGCUGGUGUGUCCUGUCAGUGGGAGUAGAUGUUGAGAUGUUGAAGGGGCAUCUCCAGAGUGGUACGUGAGAAAGAGGUCUUUGGCCACUUACUGCAUGGGGAUCUAUGGGUCGCAUUAAGCUGACAUGAAGUAUCAAGGCACAAAAAGAAAAAAACAACUGGAAAGGCGACGGAAAGCUUUGCUAAAAGCCAUCAAUUGAAAUUUUCAAAUUCAAAUGACGGUACUGUGAAGAAGUAGCACCUUGUGUGUUCUGAGCUGUAAUUCCUUACAGGCGGAGAUGGGCAGUAUUUCAGCGAAAUGUAUUUAAAAUAUGUGUUUAUUUACUUCAUGAGUAUUUUAUGAAUUGUAUUUUUUUGGGCGGCAAAAAAAUCAGAUGUAGUUUGUAAUGGAGUAUACUUUGACAGAUUGUAUUUCAUCUAUUUAAAAGACUUAAAAAAAAUGUCAUUUUAAUAACCAUCAUCAGGCUUACAGACUUAGUAUAGCCAAUCACCGUCUUUAGCAACAGUCCAAACAAGGAAGCUGCUAUUGGUGAUCGGUGCAAAUUGCCUUGGCAUAAAGUAUGUGUCAUGCCCGGCUCGUCCACUCCUCGUGUGUGCCACGCCCCCUGAUUACCCACGUGUACUUCCCCAAUUAUACCCAGCUGUGUCUAGUUACUUUGAUUUAGUCCUGUGUAUAUAAGUCCUGGUCUCCCCGGUUUCCCUUGUCCGUCAUUGAUGUCAGUCGAUGUUCGUGCCUCCGUACCCUAAGAAUAAACCCCGUUCGUCCCGAA